AUGUCUGCCCCACCGCCACUUCCCCCUCCCGGCGCUCCUUCCUUCACCCAGCCGCUCACCCCCUCCUCUCUGGCGGACUCGGAGUACCUGCUGAAGAAGUCCCGGCAGUUCCAGCGCUUCUUCGAGCGUCUUGGCUCCAAGACCGACAUCGCCUCGAGCCCGGACAUGAUGGAGUUCAUGUCCUUUGUGGAGGGUGGUGCCCCGGCCGCGCACCUGUCUGACGUCUUCAACAACCCGGAGCUCGCGGCCAACAAGGCUGGCAGCCUCUCCGCCAAGAGCCUGCUCGACUCGGCGGCCACCCUGGCCCGUGUGGGUGGCAACACCAACAACAGCACCAUCCGCGUGCACAAGCUGACCUACCCCAUUGAUGAGGUGGACCAGCCCCUCUUCGACACUCGCCGCACCUUCAUCUCCAACUUCGAGCGCGACCACAUCGCCAUGAUCGAUAAGCUGGCCGAGCAAAUCCGCUCGAACCGUGCCUACUUCACCUCGCUCAAGGAUCUCACCGCCCAGAUGUCCACCAUGUCCACCGAGCUCAAUGAUGAGGCCAGCCCCGGGGCCACCAUCAUGGACAAGCACUUCGCCACGCUGAGCCAGUCGAUCGACCGGUCGGCCGAGCGCCUGGAGGGCAUCGCCACCCGGCAGAUCACCGACGAGGUGUCCAAGCUCGGCGAGACCAUCCUCGACCAGCGGCAGCUGAUCCACGCCGUGCGGGCUCUCAUGAACCGCCGGACCGCGGCCAUCGAGAAGUUCGACGAUCGUCGCAAGGAGGCCGACCGCCUGGCCUCCAACCAUGCGAAGCUCCUGCGCAAGCACCAGACCGACUCGCACCCGGAGGUGGUGCGCGCCAGCCAGGAAAUCGAGGCGAUCAACGAGGAGAAGCUCAAGCUUCUGGAGGACAUUGCCACCUUCGAGAAGUGCAUGACCGCCGAAUUCCAGGUCCUUGAUGCCGAGCGCGCCUCGGACUACCUGGCCUCGGUGGCCCACUUUGCCCGGACCCAGCUGUCCUACGCCGAGGAGAUCCACUCCGCGCUGGCCGAGUCGCUGAAUGACCUGCGCUGCGCGCCGCCCCGCGUCUCCGCCAACAAGAGUGUCUUCGAGAUGGACCACUCUGGCCAAUUCCUCCAGUACUUCUGA